UACACAGUAUAUAUACAAAAUAAAUAUAAAGUUGUGCAUAUAGUAAUUUUGGUGGUGGCAAAGGGAAUUUCAGAUUUUGAGGUGUCGAUAAACCUGAACGUUUACAGCAUUAUCUUAUUACAGUACACUACAGAAGCCAAGUCAAGCGCUAUAAAAAGAAAUUUGCAUGCAUAAAAGUGAUAUAAUUACAAUUUCAGAAAUAAGUUUUCCAUUUGGAACAAAAUAUGAACGCCUAAAAAUAGUGCCAUGAGCUAGAAAAGAACAGAAAGCGAGAUAGCGAGAGCGAGAGCGAGGGAGAAAGACGAACAAAGAAAAAUUAGCACAAUUUAAGAUACUUGUUGGUGGCCAUGGAGAAUGCCGGGGAACUCGGAGCAUCUUCGUCCAGGCAAUUGAGGCAUCGUCGACGCGCUGGACGCAGUCAGCGGGAGCAGACUCCCGAUGCGAGCCGACCAUCAUCGCUGGUCAUUCAAUCUGGGCUGGAUCAGGAUGACUAUGGGGCGCAACAUGUCUCUAUGCAGAUACGGCCGCCAGGAGCAAUGUCCGCUCACGAGAGCAAGAUACUCCGUAGACGAGAUAAGGCCUUCGCUGGCGUUGCAGCCCGCAGUCAAUCGCAGCCGCGGGAGGCGGAGAAACUUAGCAGUCCGGAUGCAAAUCAUCUGAUUAAGCAUCGGAGCUUGUCCUCGCCACGGCACAAGGACGAGUCCAGUGAGAGUGAACUGACGGGCAGCUCCCAAUCCUACACAGCUCAACAGCAGCAGCGUGCCCAGGAUUCGCUCAGUCGCCUGGAGCAGAAUCUGCAGCGUUUCGAGGGUGAGCGUCGGCGAUUCGAGACUGAGAAGCGGCUGUUUGAGCGAGAGAAGCGGGAGCACAAGUUGCGUCAUCGCCAGCAAUUGGAUCACGAGGAGCGCAAGCGACUGCUGCAGAGCUACAGGAAGAUCAGUGACAGUUUCCAGUUGCCCCAAGAUGAGGAUGAGCGCCGUCGACUGGUGCAGAGUCUGCGCCUGCAGCGCCACGAGGUGCCUGCGGUGCGCUUAAGGAAUCGCAGCAGCGGCUAUGACGAAUCCUCCACGCAGUUCAGCUCCUCCGAUGCGGAUACGGCCGAGGAGCAGCUGACUAGACAAAAGCCAGCAGUGCGCAAGGCAACAGUUUCGCUGCCCAUUCGGGGUGCACCGCCUCCGCCCCCGAACGGAACACAGCAGGCACCGCUAAAGCCACCCGAGCGUGCCUCGGUCAGUCGCAAUAAUUCGCUGUCCCCAGUGCGACCACAGCGACGCUCGAAGACGCCCGAGCAGCGAGAGAGGCAGGAGAUCAAGCGAAAAAUGGAGUACGUUGAGGUAGGGGAAACUCCUAACGAGAUCGUCGUGAAUCCAAAGCGAACCGAGGAGGAGCAGCGCACAGAACUGCGUCGAGCCUAUGUGGAGGCAGCUGAAAAGGCAGCCAUUGCAGAAGCCGCCCUGGCCAAGAGUCUGGGCACCUUCUCCGUGGACAAAGUGAAACGCAGCCAUAGCCUAAGGAUGCCCGACAAGGAUCAGGAGAAACCCAAGCCCGACACCAAGCGUAGCAGCAGUCUGGAGCGUCCACAGAGAGCAAAGCGCACGUCGAGCCUGGAGAGGCCAAAGAAAGUGGAGGAUGUACAGGCCAUCCCAGCAAGCAACGAGGAGGAACCUCAGGCAGUUGAAAUCAAACCCGAAGUGGAAACAAUACCGACUACAACUGAAGAGAAACUCUCGCUCCUUCGACGCCUUGGUAACCUUUUUAGAAGCAAGCCAAAGCACAUCGAGGAGCAAAGAUCUGUGAUCACAUUGGAGCAACCAGAGCCUGCGAAGCUCCUCUCCCGAGCAUUUCUACAUCGCCUACGGCUGGAGGCGGUUCACGAGUGGCGACGCCUCAAACUCGACUAUCCUGUACGCAUGGCGGAGACAAGAAGGCUGCGAAACGAAUGCGUUUCCCACUCCAUAUUGUUAAUACUCCUGCUCGGCUUUGGGGGACUGCUCUUUCGGUAUACGGAGGGUAUGUCCGAGAACAUCUACAAGUGCGAGGUGCGCAAGGUGAAGAGGGAUUUCAUCGACAAUCUCUGGGCAGUCAGUCACAAUAUGAGAGAGGAUGACUGGAAGUCCUUGGCGCGCCAUAAGCUGCGCAACUUUGAGGAUGAGCUCAAUACGUUGGCCGAGUUGGGUCUGCGACGAUUUCCGGGCCAGAAAUCAUUUAACUUUGUCAAUUGCAUUAUAUAUUGCUGGACCGUUAUCACAACUAUAGGUUACGGUCACAUAACUCCAAAGACGACCGUGGGACGCUCGCUAACCAUAAUCUAUGCCAUCAUUGGUAUUCCAAUGUUUUUGAUUGUGCUCGCGGAUUUGGGCAAACUGUUCACGAGGAGUGUGAAGUUCCUGUGGGCGUAUGUGAGACGGGUCUACUACACACGCUCCUGUCGUCAAAUCCGGAAGCAGCAACAGAUCCGGGAUGCAAUGACCGGCAUAAAUACGGUCUAUGACAUGGCCAUACGACGUCCGAGCAUGUUCUUUGGGAUGAGUGAUGUGCCGGCGGAUGAGGAAUCUCAGGAUGCUGAGGCUGGCAAAUCGGGCACAUCCCAUCCGGAGACUCCGACCUCACCCUACCCGGAAACCUUUGAGGUUGACGAUGAGUUCAAUUUGCCGGUUUCAGUGGCUUCCAUGCUGCUCAUUGCUUACAUUGUGCUUGGCAGUGUUGGAUACACUUUCAUCGAGACGAGCUGGUCCUACCUGGAUGCCUUCUACUUUGUGUUCAUUUCGAUGUCCACCAUUGGCUUUGGCGAUCUGGUGCCGGGUAAUCCCUUCUACGUCAUGGUCAGCAUGAUCUAUCUGAUUUUUGGCUUGGCGUUGACCUCCAUGUUCAUCAAUGUGGUGCAGAUUAAGCUCAGUGAUCAUUUCAAGCGUGCCAGUGCCAAAGUUGGAGCAACCAUUGGCAUGGGCGUUGCCAGUGAGUUUGGGGAUGAGUUCGGAUCGCAGGUGAAGAUACCAUCGGAGCUGGCAUCGGUGCACGGAUCGCGCUUGGGUCCCAUCGAGGAGGAUGGCCACGAGGCUCCCAGUCCCCAACCACCUCUGACCUCUAUUCUGCGAGCACCACGCCCCCAGUCGCCCACUUCUCUACCGGGGGAGCCCGCAGCUAACUCAGAGGAUACCCCGCCACCAUUGAUGCCAAAGCGACAAUUGGAUCCUCAACAGCAGCCAACGCCAACUUCGAGCGAGAAAAAGAAGAAAUAUCGAUUUUUUUAGAAAUCAUCUUGGACUUACAACUUAACAGAAUUCGAGCUUAUUCUAAUUAAAGCUCUGCACACAUGAGAGUCCUUACAACCUGAAUCAUACUUACUAGCAUAAGGAAAAAUGACACGAAUAACUGUAAGCGAAUAUAUGCCCUGCAAUAGGGGCACAUUUAUUUGUUUCUCUAAUUAAUAAUGUAGUUUAAAAGUAUUU